UCCAGGAUGGUGCUCGCCUUGUAGAUGAGAACGUUGCGUCCGACAGCAAGGUGAAGGGAUCGAAGAAGAACGUCGAAGGGCAGCGCGCUCUCCUUGCUGCAGCAAUUGUUGGGUCAGACGAUGAAGGAGAGGACAUCGAUCGUGAACUGUAUGACCCUCAUGAUAAUGCGUACGAUGAGUUUCUGACUGAACGCGGCGAGCAGCCGACCGCUCCGGCAACCAGCUCGACUAGCCUGGCCCUCAUGAGUCCGGCGUUGAGUGGGAAGGGGCCUUCCGCUGGUGCAGCGUCGAUGUUGGGUGCGUCAAGCAGUUCUUCCUCGGUGACGCCGAUACUCGGUCGCCCACUAGCAAGUGCUCAGGGUGCGACUUCAUCUGGCGCGAGAUCAAACGUUGGUGGAACCACUAGUGUUGACGUUGACGGACGGAUUACUGGCCACGACGGGCCAUCCGCGUCACCGGUCGUGCUAGUUCCAAGGACGCAAAAACACAAACUCGCAAGUGUUCCACAGAAGCGGCGCGGUCGAUCGGAGGCGGCGAAAAUGAGGAAUCGGCCUCUAGUUGGGGACGAUUUGAAGGCUUGGCAAGCUGCCAGCAAAGCGUUUUACGAUACAUUACCCAAGCCUGGCCAUCCCGAGUGGCACAUUGGGGCUGAUCGCUUCACCUGGUCGACCUACAAACAAAUGUGGCGCGAGCAGCAGCGUGUCGCUGCAACGUUCGUCGCGCAUCCGAUAGAUGAAGACUGUGCUGAAGGGAAGCGCUACUACGAAGUUGCGGACGCGGACAACGGAGUUUAUCUUUUACGCAUACAGCCGAAAUAUAAGCAAAGACAGUUGAACUUCAAGACAGGGAGGCAGCUGCAGUGCAGGUACUAAACUGUUCUUGUUAGACGUCAAGACGUCAGUAUGCUAGUGCUAGAUAGGUCACUUCUGCACACUAUCGGAACCAACGGGAAGGAGGAGGUCGUCGGGGACCGCUUUCAGGGCCACAGCCGCUGUGGCCGACGACUCAAGCGGACGCAGUGUGAUUCGUCGGCUGCUUCGAACUCUCUCUUCGAGAUCGAAGCAGUGGCGAUGAGCGAAUCGAGGCCAACGAAAACGAUAUCGUGAUCGCGCUAUGGGAGCUGAGUCCUAGCAAUCUGCGAAGUUGAAACUUUUGUUUCUGCAUUCCCGGCAAGAAUUUUUCGCCUGUGUCUCCCCAUGGCCACCAGUGCAGGGAGAACUCGCCUUCGCUUUAAUGAUCUGAUUUCUGCUCCCGCGAAGUCACACACAAGGGGAACCUUCCGCCCCGCUUUGAAGGUGGUUAAAAUUGUAGCUAUAUAUCAUCAAGUCAACCCCCUCGUGGAGUAGUCGUCAUCUUCGUCGUUAUUCUUUAUCCAGCAAAAUGCAAUAAAGCUGGCACUCGCUCUCGAUUGCACAUCUUGGCCGACCUUGUCCUCACCAAAUGACUCCAGGAUGAUCCUUGAGGCGCAUGUUGCACGAGCACGGUUUAUUUUGUCACGGUAUCGGAAGAAGUUGAAGCAGAGAAUGUCGCAGGAAAAGCGAGAUGAGGUCAAGAAUGAGUACGACAAGUGGAUGCAGCCGGUUCUUACAGCAGCGAGAGGCAUGGGCCUUACCAAGGCGGAAGAUGCGAAGCUGAAGCAGUUUGCGCUGCUAACCGAGGACGAUCUGGAUUACCUAUCUCCGAUCAUCCGGUUCCAACUGACCGCUGGCCGUCCCGACUAUGAAAACAUGGUAGGCAGUGUUGGCGUUUUAAACCCAAGCGACGAGGGAAACGCGCUUCCACCGGCACGCCGCGACCAUCAAGACGAACUUGUGGAGUGCGAUAGCGAUGGCAGCGUGAAAAAGAAGAAGAUGCCAGUGCAACCAAAAGCAAAGCCAAAAGCCACUCAGGCCCGUCAGAAAUCAGGCAAGACGGUUGCUGCACCUCUCGAAGAUUCGGAUGGGGAUGAAGUUGUCGGAAGCUCUGAGUCAGAUGACCCAAAGACUUGACUGCUUUAAAAGUUCAGUUCGCUUUUUUGUGCCAUGAUUGUUUGCUGAGUACCAUCCUAAUAUCUCAAGUCUUAUCGAUUAUUCUACUCAGCAUCUUGCACUAGGUAGCAGCAUUGCACUGCUCUGCUCGAGCAGACAAGUAGGCCAAGAGGCUUCACCUUUCUCGGGCCGUAACAACUUCAUAGAUUAGACCAGUGCAGACUUACAUGAUCACGCCAGGCAUUUUCCUAUCUGCUCCGCACAUUCACAGGCGGCACUCAAAACAGAUCGCAAUAGUUUAGACUUCGUUUCUUUUAUGACCCAAGGACACUCC